CGAACUGAACGUCUGAAACGAAGGUGGCGCGGCCUGGACAAACCUGACCCUUCGACAUCCCCCGCCCCUGCGCCCGCCCUCGCUAAGCGGGGAGGAGCGACCGCUACAAUGGAUCCUCCCGCAGGCUUUGUGCGCGCUGGGAAUCCAGCUGUCGCCGCCCCGCAGAGCCCCCCGUCCCCGGAGGGCGCUCAUUUCCGGGCCGCCCACCACCCGCGUAGCACCGAUAGCCGCUGUCCCGGCAGUCUCCAGCCGUCCCGCCCGCUUGUGGCCAACUGGCUCCAGUUACUCCCCGAAAUGCCAGUCGACUUCACUGGGUACUGGAAGAUGUUGGUCAACGAGAAUUUCGAGGAGUACCUGCGCGCCCUCGACGUCAAUGUGGCCUUGCGCAAAAUCGCCAACUUGCUGAAGCCAGACAAAGAGAUCGUGCAGGACGGUGACCAUAUGAUCAUCCGCACGCUGAGCACUUUUAGGAACUACAUCAUGGACUUCCAGGUUGGGAAGGAGUUUGAGGAGGAUCUGACAGGCAUAGAUGACCGCAAGUGCAUGACAACAGUGAGCUGGGACGGAGACAAGCUCCAGUGUGUGCAGAAGGGUGAGAAGGAGGGGCGUGGCUGGACCCAGUGGAUCGAGGGUGAUGAGCUGCACCUGGAGAUGAGAGUGGAAGGUGUGGUCUGCAAGCAAGUAUUCAAGAAGGUGCAGUGAGGCCCAGGCAGACAACCUUGUCCCAAGGAAUCAGCAGGAUGUGUGGGCCAGGAUCCCCCUCUUUGCACAGCAUGAGGCAAAAAUGUCCAGCCACCCCCAGGCAUCUGUUAGCAGAGUCUGUCUCUUGGCUUUGUCACUUUUCCUUUUCUUAAAACAAAGCCAUGCCAAUAAAGUGAUCUGUGUUCAAAACGUC